UUCAACCGCUGCAGCUGAACAGACAUGCAUAUGGCAUCCGACAUCUUCAACUUUUCAAAUACCGUUGAUAUCAACAACUUGCUACAACGUCCAACGAAUUGGGUUCAAAAUGUACUAACCCACAUUUCAAUUCCCUCAAAACAGCCGUUUGGAUCUGUGAUGAGGGUUACAAACUAAAUAUAUAUUUAUAUUCAUAAUAUCCUCCAAGAAAAUGCCUAAUCCUUCCCCAAUCGACUCUCCCAGACGAGUGUUCGACUUGCUUGACGAUUCAACAUUUACCUACUUCAUACCUCUGUCUCGUGACUUCAGCGUUGAGGGGGAGUUUAAUAAUGGCGCAGAUGCAUCUAGAGAGCCGUUCGAGUCGGUAGAGUGUCGAGAGUCUCUUUUCUUUGAUGAAUCUGCCGAUAUUUACCUCGUGCUUAAAUGCCCCUACACCGACGAAGACAAUUUACGAUCCUUUUUACCUAGUCUAGUGAUAUCCAUCGAAGCGCAGGUCAUUAACGGCGGAGUCGUGCCGGGUCGCGAUGUUCAGCCAGCUUCGGAAAUCAUAUACUCGGGAACAUUAGCCCACUCAAUCGAUGCUACCAUACUUGUUCGCUCAUCGAAGGAACCUGACGCUGAUGGCGAGGACGGUUACCCACAGUAUGCCAUCGCUGUGUGGAAGCAGUCGGUAUUUCUCGGUCGACCUAGGAUGCGACUACAAAGUCCUUCUGUAGUUUUCACGGCAACGGCGAACUUGAGGUCGGCAGAUCCAUCUCUAUCUCUUGGGCUUCGACAUGGAUAUCUCCCAGCAUGUGUACCAUCAGGUAUAAAUCUCCUCGAGCCAUUCGAAGCGGAUCCUUUCAUGAAUGGAAUUAAGCCUCAUUUGUCAGCGCAACGAGUUUCUCGCGUGGCUCCAGCGACGCAGCAAGCGCAGGAUAUUCUACGACCUAUCAAGUCUUUGUCGAAUCUGCCUUUGCGCAUCUACCCCGUGGCACAUUCGCGUAUGCGAUUUACCCAUCUUAACACUGCGCCUUCUACAGCAACUGUUCUUGCGAUGCUUGAGAUAGACUUCACCCCAUUCUUUGAGUGUGAGGUAAUCAUAAGCAAGAUAUCGAUCGUGGUCGCAGACGGUAUAGUCGAAGACCUUACGAGCCAGUCUGGGAUGCAGUUUCCGGUUUCUUGCGUGGCCCACGAUCACGUCACGUUUUUAUACCGAAUUACACCGGUCGAUGCGGACAUGGCAACUAAGAAUCCAGUGCGUGAUCUCGGCGUAUCCAUAUCCGCGACAGCCCUGGCACAUCCGAACACUUGCGAGCCAAGCCUUAGUAUGGCCUGGACUGCUACAGUUGACUUCACGGUCCCAGUAAACCCAGGCUAUGGCUCUGCUAUGCAACCCAUCCAACGCAAGCAUCGCCCAAGUCAGCUUUCGAUUGGAGGCGAAAGUACUACUUCUCUAAUAGCACCAUCUGUUGCUCGGCCAGACUCGUUGCCAACUCUUGAGGCUGCCACACGCACGGAGGCUACCGUACCUGAUAUAGGCAUUACUAUGACAUUCACCGGCCCGCCCCCAAGUCAGAAGAUAUACCCAGGAGACGAAUUUGUCUGGAAUAUAUUCGUUGUGAAUCGAUCAUUGUCACCCACAGCAGCAGCAAGAAAACUAGCAAUAGUAGCUAUUCCGAGGCGGCGGCGCAAUGAAUCACGAGUUACCCAGCCACCAUCUAUCUCUCGAAUAUCCGAGGCUUUGCAUGGCCAACACCCCCAGCUGAAGGGAGCAAGAGACCGGAACAUAGCAGAUGCUGUUUUCGAUGACAAUGUGGUUCAUGCCAUGCAGUACAGCAGCGUCAUUGAUAACACAGAGCUAGUAUGUCUUAGCGCAGAUGUACGAGUCGGGCCACUUGCCUCCGGCGCAUGUCAUGUCGCUGAACUCCGAUUUUUGGCCUUGAGAGGGGGCAUCGUAGGGUUGGAGGCAGUGCGAGUUAUCGACCUUGCUAAUAAUGAGCACGUAGAUAUUAGAGAACUCCCUACCGUGCUUGUUGAAGACAGGUAGGGUUAAGAAAUACUCCAUAUAUCUUCGUAUUGACUUGGAUCUUAGAGCAUUAGUCUAUGAAUAAUUCAAAAAUAAGAGUUGUAUUUACGAUGAAG